AUGUCGGACGACUCUGAUAUUGAUAUUCAGUCAGCUUUACCAAAGAAUAGUAAAAAAAUGCCAAAACAGCCUACAAGUCCUUCCGAAGAGCACCUGAAUCCAGACACCAAGAAAAUAAGCACAAAAAUUAUGAUUUACGAAGCACUAAACGAAUUAAAAAGUAGAAAAGGCACCUCUUUGUACGCCAUCAAGAAGUUCAUUGUGGAAAAACACCAAGUUGACAUCGACAAAAUAAAUUACAUUAUAAAGAAAGUGAUUGUGAAAGGAGUAAAUGCGGGCACUAUAGUGCAAAUGAAAGGAGUUGGCGCGUCGGGCUCAUUCAAACUGGCACCCGAAAAAAAGCCAGAAAUAAAGAAACCCAAGCCUAAGAAACCGGAGAAGACGAAGAAAGAACCGAAAGAUAAAGAUAAAAGGCUAAAUAAAACAGAACAAAAGAAAAACAAAGACAAAUCUGAAAAAGUGGAAAAAAAUAAAACAAAAACAGUUAAAUUACCCGCGACGAAUACAUCUAAAACUAAAACAAAGGAGCCAAAAGAAAAGGCGCCAAAAGAGAAAAAAGACAAAUCUGCCAUAGACAAAGUUAAGAAAAUGACCAAAGGGAAAAUGACACCCGCCAAAAAACGCGCAAUCAUGAUGAAAAGAAAAAGUAUUGGGUCAAUUAUAAAGCCGCCCAAAAUGAAGCCGAGAGCCCAGAGCUAA